CUAUUUCCGUUGGACUUUCUUAUACGUAGAGCAUGGGAGUCCAUAAUGGGCGGAUGUGUUGGGUUUUACUCUCGUCUCUGGCAAUAAUUGUCCUAGGAGUCUUUGGCACAGGCGUGACGCUCUUUUUCUUGAACGUUAACAACAAAAGCACAUUUAAACCAUAUGCAUCCGACCGUUUUAUGCUCCCAUUUCCACCACUGUUUGAUGAAUUCGAGCUCGAUGGCCAGUUAUCUCUUAAAUCACCCGUGUCUAAGUCUCGUGGUAACGCGGAGGUCUGUUAUCGCCGCGUAGCUCCAGAGUAUGAGACAUACAUCUCAGGACGCAAUGGUGUAUUCGAGUAUGUAUCGCCUAAAAAAUUCACCGUUGACGGUGAGAUGCCACCUGGGUGGCUUUCGUAUACCAUGUUAGAUGCUGCCGUCAUGGUCAUACUCGAUGGAGCUCGAGCUGACUAUGGUUUAUUCGAUCCUACAUUGAAGCCUAAUGAGCCUCGAGCGGUAUUCACCAACCAUAUGCCCGUGUACCACGAAUACCUAACGGCCCCUGAAACGCGGAACCAUACUCGCUUUUUCCGUUUUGAGGCGCCAACGCCCACAUUUACUGUGUUUUCAUUGAAAUGUGUAUUUACAGGCGAGACUAGGCGCGGUAACAUGAUGGCUCAAUCAACAUCUGUCCAACAUUUGGGAUUAGAUAACAUGGGCUACCAGAUCUAUGCGAAUGGUUCAUCGGUAUGUACACUAGGUGACAUUAUUGCUUACAAAUUCAUGGGCCCCGAUCGAGUGUUUUUGAAUUAUACUGGCCAUGGCACGGAUAUAUUCGAUAUGGAACGCCCCGAUUCGUUUGUCACGGAACAUUAUAAGGAAUGUAUAACACAAUGUGACCUAAGCUUCUUGCACCUGCUGGCUAUCGACCACUUGGGUCACGCAGGUAAACGUUUAACCCCUGCAAUGACCUAUUAUAUGGACGAUUACGAUGCAUUCAUGCGCAAGGUAAUCUCAGAAGCAAGUUAUAGAAAAAAUAGUAUGAUUUUCAUUUUAGGGGAUCAUGGUCAAAAGACCAACGGAUCACAUGGUGGUGGCACCAAAGAAGAGGUUGAUUCCUUUUUGUUCGUAAAAUCUGAUCUUGAGAUGCCAAAGAGCUCCCAAGAUCACUCUGAUCUGAACGAUGCGCCUAGGGGCUAUGCUACAGACCAUAACGUGCUGAAUGGAAACGUAUCCCUUAGUUACCCUAUUAACAAGUCAGCUCACGUCAACCUGGCUGUGACAAUCAGCCUACUAAUGAACAAGCCAAUACCAUUCCAUACUGAAGGCGUUUUGAUAAAGGAUAUUGUUCCUUUAAUCAAAGACACCCGGGGUAAUGUCAAUAAACUUCUGUCGAUGAAAUACGUUGCCCAGCUGCUCCAUCUGGUGGCUCACCAGAUGCUGCGUACCAUAGACACAACCGUAUCCAAAGAAGAUAAGGUAAAAUAUGAGCGAAUGUACGCUGCCAUUACCCAAGAACGUAUGGCACUAUCUCAUUACUACAGCUUCGUCCGUAGCAUGGGACGAGAACAAGUAGCUCCUGCUGUUAUGCUGGAUAUAGUCAGCAACUACGCCGCGCAAUGCGAGCGCUUAGUAAAAGCUUCAAGUAAACUUCUGAAGGUCACGAACAUGGCGAUGACACCUGAAUUCAUAGUCUCGGCUAUCAUGUUAAUGGCGUUGGCAUGGAUCCUCAGUAUAUACUUGGCCCUGGCUCUAUACCAUCUCAACUGUGUGUCCAAGCUUUCAGGGACGGAGUUAGCACUGAUUGAAUCGCAAGGUCAUCUUUCCAUCAACCCAAUAUUGCUGCGUGUUUAUUUGAAAUCCAUUGCUGCCAUGAUCACGGCGGCGGUUAUCGUCAUUUACAUGGAGUACUUUGGAACAACGGACAGCAAUCCAACUACGAGAAACCAUAAGGCUACUAUUAACUUUUUCAAAUGGAUAUUACGUCCUUUUGAAAGAUACUGCGGUAUUGAGAACCAGCCACCAAUUUUCUAUUUUCUGGUCUACUUGCUGAUUACCUUCGUAUGGCUGUUUCUGUUUGACAUACCCUUUUUGCUACGACGCUUAGCAGUGGUAUACCGCAAUUACAUGGUAUACGACACUACGCUACCACAGGGUAAUUUUAAUACAAAUGUAUCCCGGUUCCUGUCGAAUGUUUCACUGGGAAACACUGUAUGGAUGAUAGUGACCCUGUAUGUGGUACUAGUUGUAAAGACACUAGUAUCUCAAUGUGCCAUACUGUCUCACGACACCCUCCUGCGUCAUGUUGUUGUAUUUUGUUUGUAUUUAUCAGUGUUUCCCGGUAUCAAACGCAUGGGCUCCCUAGCUGUUGACUCGGCAUACCUGAACUUUGGAAUGGUUUGCUUAGUGGUAAAGAUAUGCUAUUUGAUCCACUAUUUCGUACCUGCACGCGAUAUUGGAGGUAUGUUACCUGAUUGGUACGUCAAAGUAAACAUCUUCCUGCGCACUUUUGAGACUGGUGCCACGGCACUAACUAUAUUUUUCGCAGCACUGGUAUAUCUGUUAAGCAGAUCCAAGGAUCCACGUGCAAUCAUUGUAACCCCUACAUUCAGGAAGGAGUUAUACACUACACCAACAAACAAUGUAGUUUUUUAUGUCAUAUGGUCCAUACAGUACGUCGUGCUGUUGUUCCAUUAUGCGGUCAAAUGCGAAAGGCAUUUGUUUUGGGGGCCUUUAAUAAAUUGGCUCAGUAUGAAGUUAGUAAAUGCCCGGAAUGUCGUCGUCGCUAAAACUAUUCUAGGAGUAUACAGUGCAAGGACAUUUGCCACAGUGGUUCUUUUCGUAUGGAUCAUAUUUGCCUGCAAUCCGUGGUCAAUGCUCUACUCAAGCAAAGAAUCGCGGCACUACCGAUCGACAAGACUUUUCUGGUGCAUUGUUAAUAUGCUAUGGUCUACGUUCCUACUUAACGGACCGGUGAAGUCCAUGGGCACACUUAUGUUCGCCCUCAUUCUCUAUAAUGUUGUGGCAUUGCUGGUGAAGCUACAGGUUCGAACUCGAGCGACAUAUGUUCUCGUGAUUCUGGUCACCUGUGAUCUAAUGUACUUUGUAGCAGGACACCAGGAUUCUGUAUUCGAGCUCGACUUUGAUUCAGCCUUUCUUUUUUUCGAUGAAUACAAGGGCUAUUUAAGCGAAGUGCCUGUGUUAUUUGCAUUCGCUAUUUUUAAUGCCACCGCUAUAUUUACAUUGUAUUACGCUUUUGUCCUUUUGAGUGAGCGUGAUUACGUACUCCCCAAAUCAGAUAUUUCUGGUGAACACAAGCCUGGUACCACAGAUAUUAAAGCUAAACAAAGUAUUAACUUGAGGUCAUGGGUAUCAUCUGAUCUUUCCACCGUUGUUGCAGGGUACACGUUUAUGGCCAGCACACAUAUGCUGUUCGUAUUGUCAGUCCUAUAUUCCCUAUCUGAAAACAUGCCAUCACUGAUUUCGUCCCAAAGGGAGUGUUCAGCGUAGGGAAGACUGUCAUUAAUAU